GCUGUGGGAGUGCGGCCGGCGGGGACCGGGGCCGGGGCCGGGGCCGGGCCGGGGGAGGUGGCGGGGGCCGCCCCUCGGGGCCGUCCCGUCCCGUUCCGUGCCGUUCCCGGGGGUCAUGGCGGAGCUGCACGCCCGCAUCGAGGCCCUGGAGCGGCGGCUGGAGCGGGCCGAGGCGGCGCUGAGGGAUGGGGGAGCCUGGGGGCUGCGGCUGCCCUCGGUGCCUGUGACUUUCGAGGACGUGUCGGUGCAGUUCAGCACGCAGGAGUGGGCCCUCCUGGAUGACGGGCAGAAGGAGCUGUACCGGAGCGUGAUGCAGAGCAGCUACGAGAUGCUGGUGUCCCUGUACUGUGACCUAGCCAAGCCUGAACUCUUAUCUCGGAUUGAAAAGGAAGAAGAGCCAUGCGUGCCAGCGGAGCCGGACCUGGAGGGAGCGGUGGUGCCCCCAGAGCCAGCCGCAGAGCCCGGCUGUCCUGGCUCCGUGAGCGGUGGAGCUCUGCAGGCGGAGGAGUCCCGUGAGGGGAGCUGCAGGGACCUGGAGGGCAGCAGGAGCCCAGCGGCCGCCCCGGACUGCAGCACACCACGCAUCCUUCAGGGAGCCGUCGGCACCCCAGCGGAGCUCAGCCGACCGGGCCCCUCUCCGCCCUGCCCUGUCUCCAGGUGCUGCCGUGAAGUGGUGAACCUGAGGCCGCCUCCAUCUCCCCCCUCUGCGGCAGCAGGUGCUGAUGUGGGGAUCCCAACAGAGGUCCCGCAGGAGGAGGUUCCAGCGGAGGAGCUGGCGGUGCCUCAACGGCCGCUGGAAGGGCUGCAGAAGGAGGACCUGAAAGAUGAGGGGAACGGUGGCCGGGGUCUGGUGGCAGACGUGCCCAGAGAGCUGGGCAGGGAGCAGAUCCCGGGCCUCUGCCAAGCAGCGGUGUGCGCGGAUCCCAGCCGCCCGGUCACCUUGCCGGGAACGCCGGUGGAGAGCGCCUGCAUGGGCAGGACCACGACCUGCCAGCGCGGCUCCUCUCGGGAGAAAUUCUACAGGUGCGUCGUGUGCGGGAAGAACUUCCUGCUCAAAAUCAACCUCAUCAUCCACCAGAGGAGCCACAGCAACUGGGUGCCGUACGUCUGCAUCGACUGCAACCAGGCCUUCAUGUCCAAGAAGAAAAUCAGGCGCCACCUGCGGAUCCGGGCGGCCACGGGGUUCUGCCCCCCCUCCGACGCCAAGGAGUGCGCCAGCCUGCCGCCCUGCCCGGCCGCCCAGCCCCGCGCCCAGAGGAGCGGCGCCGCGGCGCAGUGGGAGAAGCCCAGCCCCAACCGGUACCCGCUGCCGCCUCAGAAAAUUAUGUAUACGUGUAGUGAAUGCAUGGAGAACUUCUCCAGCCAGAACUUCCUGAUGCUGCACCAGAGGAUGCACGCCGACCUGCAUCACUUCACCCUCUGCGCCUGCUGCAACAGGAGCUUUGUCUGGGCCUCCGAGUUGCUCCGCCACCGCCAGGCCGAGCGGCCGUACUGGUGUGGCGAGUGCCAGAAAGCCUUCAAGCGGCACGACCACCUGUCCGGGCACCAGAAGACCCACUCCAGGAGGGAGAGCCCGUACGAGUGCAGGGACAAACUGCCUCUGUCAGUGGCACCUGUUUAAGUGCGGGUGUGUGAAGUAGGCAAUGUAGCCGGAGAGAAGGGUCAGAGUUGGACUCGAUGAUCCUUGUGGGUCCCUUCCAACUCGGCUUGUUCUAUGAUUCCGUGAGAGGACGGGGGUCAUUUCCCAGGGACAGAGGGCUGCUGUUGUCCCCUCUCUCCCCCUCCUUGGCCACGAGUCCUGGGCAGCCUGGCUGGAGCUCACCCUGCCCUGCCCAGCGUGUCUGCGCCCGCCGGCUCUUUUUGCUGGAGGAGCCUCUGCCGUGGGUGAGGACCUGGUGCGGGUGAAGGACUCUUCCUCUGGUUGGAGGUGUGGAUAGAUGGCUGUCGGAAAGGUGUGCUCCCGACAGCUGAACGUGGCUCUGUCGUGCUGCUAUCAGCCUCCAGCUGAGCACCUGUGGGACCGCAGCAUCCCCGCGGUGCUGCAGCUGCUCUGCCAGGCCAGGGUCAGGUCCUGGCACUGACGGGCAGCCAGGGGGGCUGCAAGCACUGAUAAAAGCUGGCGUGGGGUCUUUCCUCCCCUUCCGGAAGUCGCCGGGGAGAGUAAGAGAAUGUUAUGGAGCCAAAGAGCUGGAUAGGAUGCUAAUGGGAAAAUAAUUUGGGGGAAAAGUGUGAAAGCAGCUGGGAGCAAUCCCUGUGCAGGGUGAGCACCAGAGCCGGGGCUGGCAGGGGGUGGGAGCAGGCGUGGGGAGCGGCGAGGUUGGGUUCUGGCGGAUGAAAUGUGCGGACGGGGCUCCCGCGGUGACAGUGGGGUCGCCGUCGUGACUUUCCCUGUGUGCCUUUAUCCUGCGGGCCGUGGCCCACUCACCCACCACGGCGUGGGGCAGCGGCGGGGCUGGAAUAAAGAGCAGGAGCCGCUCGUC